GAAUCAUCUUUCUACCAAAAAACGAAUUUUACGUCGAGUUUUCAAGUAAAUUAACAAAUAGAAGAAGGUGAAAGUAAAAAUGGCAGUUUUUCUCAUCGCAGGAGGAUGUUUCAUUAGCAGCCUCGGGUGGCUGGCGAUGGUGAAAGAUGAUGAGAAAGACGACAACCAUAAAGAUCCUCUAACAACAAAUUUGGCGGUUGGACCACACAACAAUAAUCAAACCCAAACGGACGCACACGUGAUCGAAAACGCGACUUCUGCAGUGGUGUUGAGUUCCUACAGGAACCCUUCAGAUGCAGAUCGUGAAGGGCAGUGGCGUACGCAGCAGGGAUUCUCGGCCAGAACGUGCAGCGCAAAGAUUUUCUGGCCAACAACUACCGCAGCAGCUACAAGGGCGGCUCCGAAUUCACGACCAGGACGUCCACGAGGCGAAAUUGAAAUCGUGGCCAUCGGCUACGGGCCACAUGCUGAAAGACAAGGAUACAGCCGGCGAGCUGCAGUGGCUAGUACAGCAGCACAUGAUCAUCACGUCACAGAAGCACAACAAUCAGGGGCCCGAGAAGAAGUAACUUCUUUUUCCGACAAGCAUGUGCAGGCGCCGUUGGACUUCGAACUCGACGAGUUCAAGAAAAGGGUCAACCUGCAGGGUCAACAAGUUGAGAUAGUGAGCGUUGACGAAAUGAUGUUGGAAUGUUUUGAUCUCUUCUCGAGUUUUGGGUGUGCUAGCGAGCUGCCAGUAGACAUCGAGCUGCAGACAAGCCUGGCGCUGCGAGACCACGGUGAACAAACGGAAACGGGAGUGGGGGCACAUACCAAAAAGCAGAGCUGCUCCAACAACAACUGCGCAGUGGCAUGUGCGAAUAGCUGUUGUGCUGAUUGUGUUCUUUCCACUCGUGGUGCGAUCACGGGCGAAGACAACGGCUCGAUACCGCCGGGAACCUCGCGUUUAGUUGAAUCUGUUCGCUCACGAUCAUUUUUUUACGGGGGACGGCCGAAACCAUUCCGAUCUGGCGACCUGAUAUCGUCGUCACAGAGUUUUCAAUACGCUCAGAUGUUGAUUGUUCUGAACAAGAUGCGCGGUACCCGCAUGCAGCAGCUCGAGGCACCCUGGCCGCCGACCACGUGCAGGCAGACACAGGACGGCAGUGAUGCAUUGAAUUUUCCACGGCCACUGAGUCUUGCAGCGCCAGCUCGUGCCUCCGGACUUGGCAUGACCAUCCCCGUGUUCAGCAAAAGGUCCCAUGACGAUCAGUGGCGUUUUCAUCUCGAGGAUGAAGAUAAAAGCGAACAAGUGCUCACUUUCUUCCACAUCUGUGCUACGGUGUUCGCAAUGGCUGCUGUCGUCGUGCUGCAGCUUGAAGUAGAGAAUCGUGAUGAAGAUGCUGUUGCUGUUACUGCAGAGGACGAAGAUGGUCGCGGCUGCGAGGUGAAUCGUCCAGAACUCCGUCCAACAGGAGCUGCUGGCACGGGAGUGCGAUUUGGCGUCCUCGAAGAAAAACGCGGAAACGCAGACGUUGCCUCCUACAUUUUUGAGGGGGGCGGCACCGACGCACAGGCACGAAAUGCCUUGUCUAGCUUUACCGUACAAGAUGCAAGUACACGCGACGAGGUAGAAGAAUCCGGGUUGAUGAUUCGGAUUGCAGGUGGAGAAGAACGCCAGAUCGGUUCCGCGAUCCCCGGUCGAAAUUGCACCGGCACAAAUGGACAUGACGAUGUGCGGCAUCGUCAAGAAGCAGACGACAAAGCGGAUGAAAAUGAUCCUGAUCACGCGGUCGUAGUUGGACGCGAGGAAGAACAAUAUGGAACAGAACAAUUUGCCGGGGUAGCUUCGCAAAUCCAGCAAUCAAGUCGACACGCUAGUACUAGAAACCCAGAUGCUGAAGCAGAUCGUGUUCCGCAGGAGCAGGAAGAGUGGAGUUUUGGUGGUGACGAGAUGAAUGCUGAACUUUUUGUGGGGCCGGAGCCUCGCGGCUCUGCGCCGGGUCUCGGAAACGUGGUUGAUCAUAUUAGCAGCAAUGUCAGCACGUCGUUGGUGGUGGAUGAAGCUUUUUCAGAAACCAGUGCAGCCUUUGGUCGUCGUGAACGAAGCGCAGUAUUCGAUGAAGACGCGAAAGAGAUGAACGACGAGGAUGAAGUCGGCGGCGGUUUGGGUUUGCUUUCCAGAGAGUGCGAGGAGUUGUUUCGGGACGUGCAGCGAGAGCAGUACGAACAAAGGAGGAGAAACUCUAGCGCAGCACUGCCUUCUUCGUCUUCAUCGGGUCCCCAGUCAGAUGCGUUUGUGGAUGAUGAAUGCGCCCCGCGAGGGCCGAUCUUGACGGAUCGCAGCCCGGGCAAGAACUCGACAACGGCGCGACAGCAGCUAAGUCGGGAUCGGAAGCGCAGGAUCCACGCAUACAGGCUCGAGCUGUGGCGCAGCACUGCCGUGCUUGCGCUGAGGGAAGGCAACAUGGGCUUCUACGUCCGGCACACCAGGCGACUGAAGGAGCUGCUGGAGGACGAGGAGAGCCUCUCUCUGUCAGCUGCCGAAAAAGAGCGGCUCCACCUCCCGGCCAUGAGCUACGCCGACGACCCUUUUGAAAAUUGGCUGAAUGAAGAAGGUUCCAAGACCUCCCGCCGGUGCCCAGAGGCGGUGCGCCCGCAGACCUGGAUGCAAAUGAGCUGCUAUCUCCGAGACACAAACUAUUGCUGGCAGUGGCACGGCGAUCACGAUGAGCAAUUUCUUGAAUCGCUGGUACCAGAAACAGUUUGCGUCCUUUUGUCUUUACCAGUUAUCCCUGCUUCCCUACGCACGCACAACAUUCCGUUUGCAGACGGACACGGGUCUGGUGCAGAGGAGGAAUGUGAAUUACCAUUUUUACGCGAUGGACAAGUGGUUGCACAGAUGAAAGAACCAGAAGCACCAGAAGGCGGAGCAGGAGUGGUAGCGAACAACUCCGCGUCGUGGGAACCUGCAGGCGCUUUUUGGAUCGGGUACAACUACUUCAUUAGCAGCAUACGUCCGUGGUUCACCGUGAAGCAAGAAGAGUCUGCGCAGUCCCAGUCCGGGUCCGGUGUGGAAAUCACGAGCAGUGCCACUGGGGUAGUGAAGAAGGAAGAACACCUAGUUGAUGUGGCAUAAAAAUGACGCCGGCUCGCUGUAAAAUGGUUUGAAUUCUUUUUUCACGAUUCAGUUUCAAGUAUUUCGAAAGAAACCAAGCGAUUCAAAUCACGACCUGCAGCUACACGAGCAUCAAGCUUUCUUUUUAAGUUACUAUGUUUUUACUAAUUUGACUUGUUGAUAUACAUUGAUUUACAUUCGCAACUGUUUGCCAUGAAAUGUUUGAGUGGUAUUGGUAAUCAACAUACAUGACCUUAUGAUGCAUUUCCAUUUCUUUGUGCUUCACCAGCCAGCCGCUGGCAUGGGAACUCGAAGAUGCUCCGGAAGUCAGAUUCGAAGUGAGCGAGACCUUCUUUUGCGAAAAUAAGGGCAAGGAGGAGAUGAAUGUAGGCGGGGUUUGGUUCCAAAGAGAAGCAGAUGGAACUUUUAUUCUGCGCUAAGGCCUCAAAUCCCAUGCGAAGGAAGAGAUCAAUAAUAAUAGUGCACGCACAUCCACGAUUUAAUCGAAAUUCCCAGACAAGAACUACUUUACUGAGAAACAGGAUAAUGCGUUAACCGAUAACCGAUAACCGAUUUAUUUGUGCUUAUCUACUUCUUAUUUUUUUAUGCGUCAAGGUGACGGUGGGGACGCGUUUACGUUUAGUCACCUUUUGUUCCUCUAGCGUGUUGCUUGUGCUAUAAUCUGGAUCUUUUCUGCGUUUUGAACAAUUUGAAAUCGACUUUUGUGACAUUUACAUUUACAUUUUUCUAGAUUUGUUCCUUUCCUCGCGUAUACCUAAUAUACUGGCUCUGACCAACAUGAAAGACUAGCUCAGAUAUUUAUAUUUUGAACAUUAUAUUCGAACAUUUCAAAGCUAAAACCUCGAACAUACAUGCGUACCACGACCAAGCAAUGUAUUUUUUUUUGUUCACUCACGAAUCAUCUUUGACAAUUACAACAUUGUACUAGAACGUUUUGAUUUUUGCAUGUUGUGAAUCAAAUGGGAGAGUGUACAAUUUUUCGCGUCCGCGUCAGCAAUCUUUGGUGCUGUCCAUUCUCAGUUUUGGAAUGAUGUAUUUAGGUGCGAAACUCAUACACUGGGUGUUCUCCUCCUUCAUAAAUGCCUACAUGAGUUUAGGCUUCAGCUCCAAUAUGUCUGUUUCUUUGUGCAAAUACAACAGCUGGCAGAAAGCCAAAAUGAAAAUGUAUAAUCUCGAAGCCAAUAUAAUGGUCGUGGAGCAUAUUCUUUAUAGAAAAUGGGGGGUUUCAUCAGCCCAGUAGGCAGAUAAGUUCCUUCAUCUACAUUUUUCCUUGUGGUUGG